CAUUCGCUGAAAAACUUAUCCUAAUAGGCCACCACUACUAUUAUAUUUGUAAGUUAGUAUAGUUUCCUGUUUGAUUACAUAAAGAAUAUUUACUUUCCCAUGUUUUAUAAUUAUAAAGAAUAUUUGCUCUUAGGAGCGUGAUCUUUGGUCACUAGUCACUACCCACUAUUAGUGAGGAUAUAUAGAGAAAAAAAAAUUUUACUGUUCUAUUGUUGAAAAGGAGAGGAGGAGGAGUCGCCACGAAAAAAGGUCUAACAAUAGUGUGGAGACCAAACUUUAGUGUCCCCCACUUGUUUGUUUGUGUAGUUUAAUUUCGUGUAACACAAUUUACAAGUUAUAACAGUAUUGUGUGGUUAUGUAGUUUAAUUUCGUGUACUCUAUCUCUAUGUAUUGCGUGGAAAGUAGAAAAUGAACUUUGACUCAGCUCGCACUGCCAAUAUUUCGCUCAGUGUGCACGCAAUCUUGCAAACUGAACCAAAUUUUAUAAUAUUUCAGUUAAAAUGCAUAUAAUCAUGCAUUCGAUAGGCGUGCAUACGGACACGAGUAUGGGUUCGGUCGAUUGGUCCAGAAGCGGAUCAAACCGAGAUAGGACUGGACCAAUAUACAAAGGAUGACAGGAUUAGAACAAAAGCAUGUUUGGUCUAUUUGUUCGAUUUGGUCUGUUUCAACGUUCCAAUUUUGUGCUUCAUAUUUAAAACUAUUCAUAGGACCAAAUUCGAAUCGAAAUAUAUUCAAUCCGAUUCACUUCCAUCAAAAUCAACUCAGUACGAUCUGUCCGGUGUGAACCGGAUCGUUGCCCACCCCUUACAUACGAGCUUCUAAUUGGGUUUAACACAAUAUUUAUGUAAUUAUAUUUUUUUUGGUAGGUGUGAAAAUUAUUAUUAUAUUUUAAAAGGUUAUAACUGUGAGAAUUAUUCUGAUAUGUGCAACUCUUUAUCUUCCAACUUUCCACCAACUCUCAUCUCCCAACUCUUUUAUCUUUUAUGAUGCAUGGUUUAUCUAUUUCCUCUUUUGUGCGCAUGGAGAUAAUGAUGUGAAUGAGCGAGAGCAAUUCAGGCCGGGGGUCGGUGGGUGGCGUCGGUGCAAACGGACAGAAAGCUGAGUAAAGGAUAUUCACGUGAACUCCUUUACACCACUCAGUGACUCAGCAGCAGGAGCAGUGCAAUGGUGGUUGCCAUUUUCGUUUUUCGGGUCCCUCUGUCUGUCUGCCACAUAACCUAAUAAUGCAAACACACACAUUACCUUACCCCGUUGCAUGUCUCACUGUACUGAAAAGCCCGCAGCGGCAGCAUCAUCGAUGAGUCAGUCUCAGUCGGUCUGUGUACAUGGCAGAAAACCCGAUGCAUCUUGCCACUCACCCCAUGCUAUCCAUUUUUUUUUUGGGCGCGCUCCAAUUUUUUUUAUGAGAGGAAUCAUUAGUUUCACGUGCCACUUUGUGACAGCGGCUACUACUAAACAUGAGAUCAUUUGUAAUUAAAUUCAAUGUCAAUGGGGGAUUCACCACCAGCAGCCUUAUACCUCGGGGAACACCUACAGGCCUCACUUGGAUUCGAACCUGGGAUCUGCAACUCCCAAUCCUUCACUAUCGCGACAGUUUUACCGUUAGGCUAUCUUACCUUUGGUCAAGCAUGUUGAAACCCUACAUCAGCCAUGGAACGGACGCGUUGUCCACCUGCCCGUUCCAUCCUCCAGGAAUGCUCGCAACAUGCUCGUCCUCCUGUCUAGGCAUGUUUUCAACAUGCUCGACCUACGGUUCUUUCUUGUUUUUAACAUGCCUGUCCCUCGGUCCGGUCUAGUUUUGAACAUGCUCGAGUUAGUUUUGUGAUGUCAUGGACCUUUUUUAAUGAAAAUUCACAUAAAUUAUAAUAUUUAUGUUCAUUAAGUUUCGUUAUUUAUUGUGUUUAUUAGGAAGGAGGAUAAAAAUCUUGUGCCACCAUCAUUUACUAACAAGGAAACUAUUAUGGAUGAUUCGGUAAGAAGUUAUUUUUUAUAAUUUAAUUAUCAUAACAUAAUUGUUGCACAACUAAAUGUUUUUACCUUGUAUUUCUUGUAGGGUGGAUCCGGAGUUAAUGAGGGUCACAAUGUUGAUUGCACAUCAUUGUUUCUAAGUGAUGUUUAUGAUACCCAUGAUCAAGCUUGUAAAGCGGCAAAUGAGAUUGCCAUGAGUAAUAGUUUUUCCUUGAUAGUGGCAUCAGUCAAGAGAAACGUUGGAGAAGGCAACCGCGGAUCUAUAUGGAUUGCAACCAUGGUAGUAGGAGCAACUCAUAUACGUCUGAUCCUGCAAAGACAACACGGAGCAAAUCUACAACAGGCAAGUUAGGUUGUCGUUUCCGAGUGGUGGUGCAAUCCGUAAAAAUAGAUGGCAAGUGUAAGUGGAGAAUUCAUGGGAUUAAGUCAAGGGGAUUUCACAGUCACAGAUUGGAGGUUUACUCUUAGGGAAGCAUGCAAAAGAAUGCUCUUUCGCAAGUGGAAAAAAUGAAUAUUAAGGAGUUGGAGGCAACACAUACUCAGGCGAAAGAUAUAAGAAGUUUGCUCAAUAUGAAGUACGAUGCUCAUCACAACAUGACUCAGAUUUAUAAUGAGACAACAAAAAUUAGGCGUGAGAGAUUGGGUGGGUUGAAACCUAUGCGGUGGACAUUGAUAGAAGCUCCACGUCUUGGCUACUUUAUUGAGUGUGAAUUAGAUGAUCAACGUCGUGUUACUAGACUCUUCCUAUGCCAUCCUGAGUCGAUUCGGAUGUUGUUGGCAUGGUAUUUUGUUGUUUUGAUAGACUCGACGUACAAGACUAACAAGUAUAAGCAGCCACUGGUUCAGUUGAUUGGUGUUAGUCCAGUGAAGAAGAACUUCAACAUCGGGUUCACAUUGAUUUCAAAUGAGACGAAGGAGACAUAUGCUUGGGUUUUGAUGCAAUUGAAGAUUGUGCUUGGUGAUCGAACCCCGGUUGCGUUCGUCACAGACAAGGCGGGAGGAUUGGGUGUCUCUUUUCAACAAAUCUUUCCAUCUUCAGCUCAUUUACUAUGUGUGUGACAUAUGAAAAAGAACAUUGAAGCCAAAAUGAUGCAGUUGGGGAUUGGUCAUGAUUCUGCCGAGUUAUUUGUAGGAAGUCUAUGGGAGAGAGUCUUGCGAGCUAAUACUGAGACAGGGUUCCAACGUCGUUGGCUAGAGUUGCAAAAUAGUCAUUGGGGUUCAAACAACAAGUUAAUGGACUACUUGAGAGGUGAGUGGUUGCCAUGCAGGGAAAGGUGGGCAAAUUGCUACACCAAUCGCAUCUUCCAUAUCGGUAACACGAGCACAAAUAGGGUAGAGUUGAUGCAUUCCUCCUUGAAGAAAUGGCUUGCCACUUUGACCCACAAGAACAAUACACUCUUCCUCGGGUUUCACACAUCCGUCAACGGAAGAGUGAUUGAAUUGAGGAAGGACUUGGAGGAUUCUCUUUCCAAGGUGUUUGCAUUAGCCUAUGGACCGCCAUAUGUUAACCUGAAUACUACAGUGAACUUGUGGGCAGUUGAGUUACUAAUGGAAGAACGAGAGAGGGAAAUUGUUCAGGGAUGUGGAUGUCGGAUACCUGAAACACAUGGCCUACCAUGUAAAUGUAAGAUGGAUGAAUUGAGUGCUGCUAGCGUGGAGUUGCACCACCACCACUUACAUCCAUUCUGGUCAUCUUUGGUGUCUGAGAGUCCUCCCGAUCUUGCAGAAUGGGAAGAUCACGAUGCCAUUGAGCGUGACAUUUUUACAGCCAUGGUACAAGAUGUGUACAAGCAAGGGCCAACUGCUAUCCGAAAGGCAACUCAAGUACUACGCCCUCAUAUUCUUCCACAAGUUGAAGGCCUACAAGAGCCUAAGGAGUUAGAGGCUCCAAAGGGACGACCACCUAGGAGGAGCAACACUCGAGAUCCUUCCUGGUUUGAGCAUGAGAGGGCAAGGUCGGCACAGACGAGCAGAACAAAUCAGAGUCCGAGGACAUUGAGGAGCAGAACACCUCAAAACCGGAGGCCCGCCGCAGGUUAGCAUCAUUGGAAUAUGUUUUCAUAGUAAUAUUUCUUGUUUUGUGACCGUAAUAUUAAUUAUUUUCUGCAAUAUGUUGCAAGUUUGCGGAAAAGUCAAGAUAUGCAAGUUCAUAGUGAGAGAAAUGUUUGUCCUUACCUCCGUUGGGUCCCACCUAGCAUGCAUCCUCUUGUUAGAGGUUGGUUUGACCCAGAACCAGAUAGACAUUGUGGUUUUCGGGCCAUGUCACAUGUGAUUCAUGGAGACGAGGGACACUACAUGCAAAUGAGACAAGAUCUUAUCAUAGAAGUACAAAAUCAGUGGCAUAUAUACAAGGAAGCUUACAAAUCUAGAGAUGGAACGUUGGAGCAAGUACUUCACAGGUUGAAUUGCUAGACCGCUGGGAGGUGCGACAGAUAGUAUUGGUUUGAGGAGGUGGAUUUGUUGGCAUACGCAACCAUGUACAACUGGGAAAUUGUCGUAUAUGGAGUGCAGGGGGAGCGAGAGCGCACGUAUGGGUACAUCGCCUUACCUAUGAUGGCGCCGCCAAGGUUCACUCAUCCCAGUUAUGUUCUGCCAAUGGUCUUUACUAGGGAUCAUUGGGUCCGACUAAUUCUCGACAAUGUCGAUGGGGUGACACCAAUGCCAUAUUUUAGUCCACAAUUGACUCAUUUUCGGAAUAUGAGCAAAUUCCGCAUUGGGAUGAGUUAUACCAACAGGAGCAGGAAUUGUAUGCCAUCCUUGGAGGACAUUAUCCACCCACUGACGAUGAAGAGAAUGAUUAAACAUUGUUGCCUUAGAUUGAUUAUGUUAUUGAUGUUCUUAGUGUGUGUUUAUGUUCAAAGUUGUGUGGAUUUAGGUGCAAUUAUCAAGGAUUGACAUUUUGUGUUAAAAUGUAUGUGGUUAGGUGGAAUUAAUCAAUGAUUUUGUGUUCAAAGUUGUGUAGAUUUAGUUGAAAUUAAUCAAUUGUGUUCACAGUUAUUGUUGCUGUAAAAACAGACUAGGCGGGUUGAAAACCUGCCUGCACCAGGACCAAACAUUUCACCUACCCAUCUUCACCGUGGGUUGAGCAUGUUGCGCACCCACCUGACGGGAUGGUGCAGGAAUAUACCCUCCCAGCUUAGGCCGUGGACAAAUCAUGUUAUGAACCCGCCUUCCUGGAGGUGAGGGCAUAUAUCCUACCCGCCCUCCCGGAGGUCGAGCCAUAUUUUCUACCCUUCUGACCGCUGGUUGAGCCAUAUUCCCUACCCGCCCGAUGGUGCAGGUAAUUUUGUGUGAUGUUCAUUAAAAAUUGUUGUUUGUUGUGUUUUUGUUAGAUAUAUAAGUAGUGGUUUAAAAUUAUAAUUAGUAUAUAAACACUCAAACAUAAC